AUGACUGCCGCCCAGAUUCUAACGGCUGUCAAUGAGAGAAGAAGACAGGCCCACAUGGAAAAGGUGCCGCUGACGAAGAAUCUUAUAGGACUCCUUUUUGUGUCGCACGCGGAAUUGAGUUUCGACCAGAGGAUGUCACUUACCAGCAUUAUGGCACAUCGUGGAAUAGAUCUGGUUGGUUUGGACGCCGGCACUCUGAGAGACAUUUUUAUCGAGAUGUUUUGCAAUCCAAGAACAGCCGUGGAUAAUCUGCUCCUAAACAAUACCGGCCAUGGUGGCCGAAGGAGCUUCAUUGUGAUGGAUGAAGGAGAACUUGAUGGCUCCUUCGGUUCUUGGGCCGAAGAUGAAGACGAUGGGGCAGAAGGCUUUCUGGAUGCUCAUGAAGAUAUUUUCUAUAUCUAUGACGAACAAAACGAUUCAUGGUUCCAGCGUCGUUUCCAAGGCCGGAGAUCAAGGAAAGGCAAGGGAAAAGGACGUGGAGGAAAGAGCCGCGGCCGAGGCCGCGGCGGUCGGAGAUUCUUUAAGUCUCGCCGCAAGAAGAAGGGCCAUUACCAGGAAGACCACAGCCAGUCUGAUGAUCGGCCGUGGCAGACUGAAGAGGCCUGGCGGUGGCAAGAUGGCUGGUCCAACCAGCCUGAUGCAGCAGAGUCAUGGCAAUCAUGGGAUCAGGAAUCAGCACAUGAACACGCAGACAGUUACAAGUCUAAAGGUAAAGGCAAGAAAGGCAAGAAAGGUAAGAAGGGUAAAGAUGGUAAAGACAAGAAAG